AUGUCGUCGGCACCAAAUAGACCUACCGAAAGCUUCAGUCGCCCUUCUGCAAGAGAGAAUAGAAACAAGCCAAGAGAUAUUCCGGAGAUCAAGAAUCCUUCGGAUCUUGCUACCUUCGUCGUUGGAAGAGUGAAGAAGCACUUCCAGAUCCACAAAGACGUUUUAUACCACCACUCUCCAACCUCCAGGGCUGCUUUGAAUAGCCCGUUCAACGACAAACAAUCCCAAACCUGCCAGCUACCAGACGUCACCGAACGGGCUUUCAAGCACUUAUUCGAUUGGUUGUACUUCCAAGACAUCAAAAUCCAUCAACUCGAAGACGAAUUUUAUUCGGAUUGGACCCAAGAGGGAAAGAAGAACACCACCUUUGAAGAGAACAUGGCUUUGGCUGAAUCAUGGCUUUUGGGAGAGAAGUUCGGCUUCAUCGAAUUCCAGAACCUUGUUCUCACCAAGAUCCAUAAUAUCACGAACAAAUGUCACACAUUUCCCAGCGAACUUUUGCAGUACGCGUUCGAGCAUACGGGCCCUGAGAAUCAGCUGCGGAAGUAUAUGGUAGCAUUAUGUAGCAUGGGAAUCAGCCCAGAUUACUUGUCGGUUCAUGGGGAAAAGUUCCCCCCGGAAUUCUUCCAGGAGAUGGCAGUGUUCAUGGCCAGGUUUAGGGACAAAGUGGAGGAUGGCUCUUAUCACUGGAACGAAGACCUGAAAGUGAAAGUCUCCGACUACUUCGUCAGAACAGACGUGGUAGUAAGGUCGCAAAUUAUUGAUGUUGACAGUAUUCGCAGGAUACCAAGGAUGAGCCGGGGUUCGUUUGACGAGGAAAGAGACUGAAGC